CCCGGGGGCUGCCCCGGGUCUGGUGCGAUGGCCGAGGAGGCGAUGGCGAGCUACCUGUACGCUGCCUACCACCCCUACUCCUACCGCUACCCGCCGCCCAAGGGCAAAGGAGGGGCGGCGGCGGGCGGCUGGCGCCCGCGGGGCAGCGGCAGCUACUUCCCGGGCUACGGGGAGGCGGCGGCCGAGUACUUCGACAACUACCAGCGGGCGCAGCUGAAGGCCAUCCUCUCCCAGGUGAACCCCAACCUGACGCCGCGGCUCCGCAAGGCCAACACCAAGGAGGUGGGCGUGCAGGUGAACCCGCGGCAGGACGCCUCGGUGCAGUGCUCGCUCGGGCCCCGCACGCUGCUGCGCCGCCGCCCCGGCCCCGCCGCGCCGCGGCCCCGUGAGGCGGAGCAGGAGCUGGGCAGCCCCGCCACCACCAACACCCGCGCCGUGCGCUUCCCCCGCACCAUCGCCGUCUACUCGCCCGUGGCGUCCCGCAGACUCACCGCCUUGCUGGAGGAGCCGAGCCCGGAGCCGGAGCGGCGGCCGCAGCAGCAGGACAAGGCGGCGGCCGUCGAGCAGGAGCCGGCCGCGCUGUGGGAGCAGCGGGCGGCGGAGGCGGCUGCCGUGCGGGCCAGCUGGGAGAAGCCCCCCGAGGGUGGCGCCGAGCCGCUGGAGCAGCGCCCGGCCGAGCCACUUGGGCAGCGCUCGGCCGCCCCCCCGGAGCCGGCGACGGAGGCAAGCCAGGAGGAGCCGGCAGAGGUAGCCCAGGCGGAGGCGGCGGAGCCGUCAGCCCAGGCAGAGGCAGCGGAGCCGUCAGCCCAGCCCGCGGAGCCGCCGGCCUCAGCCCAGAAGCAGCAGUCGUCGGCGGGCAAGACCCGCCUACGCUUUCAGUUUCUGGAGCAGAAGUACGGGUACUACCACUGCAAGGCCUGCAACAUCCGCUGGGAGAGCGCCUACGUCUGGUGCGUCCAGGGCACCAACAAGGUCUAUUUCCGUCAGUUCUGCCGGACCUGCCAGAAGUCCUACAACCCGUACCGCGUGGAGGACAUCACCUGCCAGAGCUGCAAGCAGACGCGGUGCACCUGCCCCGUGAAGAUGCGCCACGUGGAUCCCAAGAGGCCCCACCGCCAGGACCUCUGUGGGAGAUGCAAAGGGAAGCGCCUCUCCUGCGAUAGCACGUUCAGCUUCAAAUACAUCAUCUGAAUGGGAUGGGAUUCUUUUUUUUUUUUUGUUUAGGGCUCGUCAAGAAAACUGCAAGUAGAGCAGAUUUCUUUUGUUGUUGUUUUUGUUGAUAUUGUUGAAGGUACUUGGUGAGAUGUAGCUAGGAAAACAUGAAAAUAAAAGUAUUGCAAAGCAUACUCAAAUGAUCAGGUGGGUUUGUGCUCAGAGGGUGCUUAGAGGGUGCAUAUUGUAAAUUCUGUAACUUGCAUAGGCAAUAAGCCUAGAGGUGUGUUGUAAUUCAGUGAUAGCCUUGGAAGCAACUGACUCAGGACUUUGUAGACUCUCAGGUGGAAAGGGUUUCUGUUACUGCUCCUGCUCUUGAACUAAUCAAAUUCUUGAAGUUAACAUCAAAUUGAUGUCUGCGUAGAUAGUAGACCAUCCUUUACGAUUAACAAAACACCAGUAGUAUUCACUUAUUUUGCACACCUCUAUUCAAUGUACAAAUUAUCCUGCACCUGUUCUUCAUCACUAGGAAAUUAUUGAGAAAUGCUGUGUAAGUACUGAAUCACUUCUACUGGUACAGCUGGCCUGCAUUUGGCUAAGUUGGUGUUCUUGUCUGUAGGUAAAAGACAAAGAAGGCUUUGCAGGGAUGCUCUCACAAAAUGCUGAGGAACGGAGUCACUGAUGUUAUGGCGAUGGUCUCUUGGUAAAUGUGUUGCUCAUUUUACUUGCACAAGGUUAUGGAGGGAAGUGACACUUCAGAGGAGCAAGGUGCAGUAACACUGCAUCUGCUUGGCUUCACUUUCAACUUGCAGGUGAAGCGCAAGAGCUGUGCACUUGGUGGAUUAUACUUGAAGAGUUUGAUCCAAUUACAGUUUAGAUGCCUACCAUCAGAAGGAUUGACACUCCCACACUCCUCUGGGGUUGGGUUUGCAGCUAGGAAUUGUACUUGUCCUGUUUGUUAGGAAUGGCAGAACCAGCACUGGUGAUGUGCAGAUGAUGCUCUCUGUGGGCUAUUGGUGCUCUCUAUAGCAACACCAUGCUUCAGCCAAGUGUUACAAGGUGACUCUGACUUGCAGCAUUACCAUCUGAGCAGGUUCACAAGCUAGUAAAACCUACACCACUGCUCUGUCUACCUUUUAGCUAUAGAGCUGGAAAAACUCAGAUGAAAACCUAUUCUUCUGAGAAUGCUACCGGCACUGUUAAUUUUUAAAUUGAGCGUAGUCAUCAAGCCUUUUGCAGGACUCUUGAGGUAACUUCUCUUUCAGAAGAGUGAUUUUUAUAUUUGCUAUAGCAAACUUAUCUACACCUGUACCCAGCUUACUCGAGGGACCAUUCUGUUAAAUGCUAGAGAGAAUCAGUCUGAGCCUGUGCUGUAGAACACCUUCAGUGCCAGUUUCUGUUAGUGGCAGCUAGUGUGUGGCAGGGUAGUCAAACAAUAUCCUUUGUAUCAGCAUUUCUGGUUUGAGGAGCAGUGAUUGUUAUUUCUAUAUGCUUAACUCAUCUUGUUGUAAAUUUCUGCCUUAUUUCAAUAUGCCCCUUGAACCUGCUGCAGUAGGCUUAAUGCCUCAGUGUCAAUUUAUUGCAAAGUAAUUUUAUUUGUUCUUGCUGCAUUCAUUAUUAUAGCAGUGUGAGGCAUUCUGGGAAGAAGUAGACCUACUCCCUCCAGAGCACAGCACAAUUCUAUUUCCUGCUUCUACCUGGAGUGUUUUCCCAUAUAUCACAGCAAAAGGCAAUAUCCCUUGCUUUACCAGCUUAGACUUUCACAGCAAAUUCCACCUUUGCCCUGUUCAAUUUGAAAAGCUGCCCUGCAGCUGGGCAGUGUUCUGUUGUAGAUGCACAUGCCUUGUACUCACCUGUAGUUACUGUGAUGAGCAGUGGCAAUCCUCCAGCCUGAGGAAUGCACCUGGCCCCACUGCCUCAGUUUGCAGUUGCAGCUGUGAUCUGGGAUGUCUUUAUUUCUGAGCAUAUUCCCAUCCAAGGAUGUUCUUCAAUGUUUUCCUGCUUGCCUUCCCCAUCCUCAUGGCUGUAGUCUGUUCCUGAUGUGUUGAGAAACUGACUGUGAUGAGUCUGUGCACCUUGGUAAUGAGUCAGAGAACUGCAGCUCUGUGCCAUGGCAGUAUGAAGUCAUGGCAAUAUGAGCAGCUGGAUUCUUCCUGUUUACAUAGGCAUCCUUACAAAACACGGCUUUGAGGAUUACUUGCUGUGAAUAUGGUGACUCUUAAAUGAUUAUCAGUAUAGCCCAAAGUGAAAUCUAAUACAACUUAAGGGCUGUCAUCCCCACUAACUACAGUCAAAGCAGCACUUGGUUCUGCAUGAUCACAUGUAGACCAGGCUAGCUGAUGUGAAGUGAGUGCUGUGCUUCACUAGCAGCUGAUGAAGGCUCCACAGGGCAGGUAGCAGCAAGGAGGCCCCCCCUGCAGCUGCUGCAAGGGGGUGGCUUGGGGGAGUACAGUGCAGUGGGCAGCCAUAUUAAACAAGCUUUCCUUUAUCCUGUAGCAUUCUGCAGUUUCAAAGUAGCUCUACAUCCCAUCCCUCUUACAUAAAUGUUAAAUGCUUUUACUGGUUGAUGCCCAAGUACAAUUCUGUACUUUGCAGCUGCUUUUCAGCUUUACUGCCAUGUCAUGUCUGUGACAGCACACACUGAUUGUGGCCACGCAGCAGGAAGGAAAGCUACUCCUGACCUGUAAUUAUGCAGAGUGGAAGGGUGCCAGUUGUUCAAAGCUAUCCUGAACUUGUUCUGUACAGCUUUUUCAUAAAGAGAUUCUUUUGCACAUGUUAGCUCAGUCAGUGCUGUAUUUGCUGCAUCUUACAGGACCUGUCUGAUGUUUUGUUUGUUUCUACACAGCUUUGCCAUAGCUUUGGAUUUGGCACAGGCCUGGCACCAUGUAAUGCAGGAUGACAGCUCAUGCAUUAGUUCAGUAAUUUUUGAAAAGCUUAAUGAAAUUAAAGCAAUAUCAAAAGACAGUCAUCUAACAUGAUUCUGCUCAAUAGGGUGGGUUCCACUAGCCAUUAUAAAUGCAGGAGGAUGUGUAACAUAAGGCAUUACAUAUAUGAAUUCAGGUUUGAGUUUCAUGAGAAAUCCAUUAACAGCUUCAGAAGAAAAAUGCUGCUUUUCAUCCUAGAAAAAUGCUGCUGCAAUGACAGGACAUAAAAGGAAAAAAAAUACUUCAGGGCAGCCAGGCCUCUGUUGCCAGUGUUUAAUCUGUUUAGCUAAAGUAUUUAAACUCUAGCUUGUAAAAAAUACACAAAAUGAGAGAUACAAUGUCUUUUAUUUUUACAAAAAAGCUGGUAAAAGAUGAUGUAAAUAAAAGUGUAAUGCAUCCCUAAAUAAAACUACCUCUCCCCUGAAAAUACUUGUUAAAUAAUUAAGAACACCAUCUACAGUACCACAAAACCAUCAAAAUAAUUAAAUUUUAUCAGGGACAGGGGAAAAAAAUACAGUGAAUAUGAAUGUGCCUUGACCAGUUACAGAACUUGUUAGGAUAACAUAACUACUGUCAGCAGUCCAACAGCGUGCACAGUGCCUUCAAUUAAUGCAUUUCAGCAUAAUUACAUUUCUAGUGGGGUCUAAUUCCCCCAAAAAGGCAGAGCUAAGAAUUUCAAUUCUACAUUCCAAACUCUGGAAUUAGAGCCCAUUAAAAAAAAUCACAGUGGGUAAGAGAUGUAUAUAAAAAUACUGGGUGUUCCUUUCAAAUCACAGGAAUUGUGGGACUACAUUCUUUUUUUUUCUGUAUUUUUUUCUUUUUUUUCUUUUUUUUUUUUUCCUACAAAAUGCUAUUGGUUUCAACAGAAUCCAGUUUCUUUUAUGCUACAGACUUUGACACUGAACUAUGAGUAUAUUGCCUGUUUGCAUGUUUUGGUAGUCAGGGUAUUUUUUGUCUUUUUUUUUUCUAUAGUCCCAAUUCCUUAGGCUUCAGUUGAGUCAUGAAGAUGCAUAUACAUGCAUUCCAACUCUUCAAACCCUGCAAGUACUGCAUGUGACUACCAAGAGGGAAUGCCCCCUUCUCCUCAUAGCUUUAUACACCUACUGUUUUAACAGUGCAUUGCACAAAUUUACAUGAAAAAUACUGGUUUUGCACUAUACAGUUUCUAGAAUAUAUACAGAAUAAAAUAAGUUAACUUCUAAUGAGAAUUGCUGAUGGGCAGCAUAUAUCUUUAAUAUACAUUUUAAAGUCUCUGCAGGCAGCUACUUUUUGGUUAGUUGUUAUCAGUAUUUUAACAUAAGCACUGGUCAGAGAACUGAGCAGCAUUCCAAUAAAGUUAACAGAUAUAUUAUUUCUUUUAGAAAUACUGGGAAAUCCCAGUUUAAAAUAUUAUUAAAUGUCCUAACAUUUACACACUAUGAGGAUUAGAUCUAAUAAAAUAAAAUUUCUUCAAAAAUAAUCUUGCAGCUCUUUUAAGCAUGCUCUGAGACCUUAUUUAACAAUCAUCCAUACCUUCAAAAAAACAACUGUCACAUAGCCAUACAUUCUAACUCACACACAUUAUUUCCUUAGAACAGACAACAAAAGCAAAUAAAACACUUGAGAAGUCAAUGGUUUUUGCAGUCGUGUAUCAUUCUACUCAUGUUUGACUGCACAUUCUUCGUGACAUUGCAAUGUCUCAUUAGGUGUUAAGCUGAUGGUUUUACUGCUGGAAAGCCAGGAAGCCUUGCAGGUCUUCAGCCAAAAUAAACCAGCCUUGAUUUUAGCCUCAUCCCACCUGCGGUACGGAUCCAACCUCUAGAGGCUGUUCUUGCAAGCAUCCUUUAUAGUUCUGUUACAACAGAAAAUAAUGCAUAUGUACGCAUUACGUUUAAGCCCUUUUCCUUUCAUGUAGUUUUUAUACAUAAAUUUAAUAAAAAAAUACUACUGCCACACAGGCUGCUGUGUAGAAAGAGCAGUCAAGUCGGAUGUUCAAUUUUCAGGGUUUUACUUGUGAUGAAAGUUUCUUGCUGUGAUAAAAGUGUGUUGGUUGUUAAGAUUGCUGGAGGUUUGUUUUUGUUCUUUUGUGAAAGGUGCUCAAUAAUAGUCUGAAGUAUCUUCAUCAUCAGUUCUUUUCUAAAUGACAGCUGUUCAGAAUCCAGUGGUCACAAGAUUUGUUCCUGUUUUGAUCUUCCCUAGAAGCUGACAGGAUUGCACCAUGCGGAGAGACUCUCGGAUUUCUAGAUUAAGUUCCAUCAGCUUUGAGCUGGCCUCAGACAUAUCCUGGUUGGAGCCUACUACUGCAAAGCUGCCAGUUUGGCCAAGUGUCUGAUGACGGAAAUAGAUGUGCAGCAAUGUUUGAACUGGGUCCUCUUCAGAAC